UAUUGAGUCUAGUCUAGGGAUGGACGGAGAAGAUGCGCAGCAAGCCGGGGACAGAGAUGGGGACCGUCUGACUAGCGAGAGGAACCAAAAAUGCCUGGAGUUCGCCAAUAUCGCGGGCUGUGACCGGGCUGUGGCUCAGUGCUUCCUGGCAGAGAAUGACUGGGAGAUGGAAAGGGCAAUAAAUUCAUACUUUGACCCUGCGGUGGAGCCGGUUUCACGAGACGAAGGCACAGCUGAAGGGACAGAUCCUUCUUUAAAACAGACAAUGCCUGCAACAUCUGAGUCGUGCAUUGACUUGACUGGUGAGGAGUCGGUUGUCGGCUGCGCAAAGCCCUGCGAGGGAUCUGUGGCUCAGAGCUCAGAGGACGAUAGUCACUUUUCCUUUUUGACUUGGAACAUAGAUGGCCUUGAUGAGUCAAACCUUCAGGAAAGGGCACGUGGCGUGUGCUCUUAUUUGGCCCUGUACAGUCCAGACAUCGUCUUUUUGCAAGAAGUUAUUCCACCUUACUACGAAUACCUGAAAAAGCGAGCGGUCAGCUACCAAAUCAUCCCAGGCAGCGAAGAUGGUUAUUUUACAGCUAUAAUGCUUAAAAAAUCCAGAGUGAAGCUAAUCAGCCAAGAAAUAGUUUCCUUCCCAAACACAUGCAUGAUGAGGAACUUGCUAAUAGCAAAUGUUAACCUUUGUGGCAGUCAUAUCUGCCUCAUGACGUCUCAUCUGGAGAGCACCAAAGACCACACGAAGGAACGCCUCGAUCAGCUGCGCGUUGUUUUAAAGAAGAUACUGGAUGCUCCUCCAUCAGCUACAGUAAUUUUUGGUGGGGAUACAAACUUGAGAGACUCUGAGGUUGCAAAGAUUGGAGGCCUGCCAAGUAACAUUGUGGAUGUUUGGGAAUUUUUGGGUAAACCUGAGCACUGUCGGUAUACUUGGGACACUAAAGUGAACAAUAAUUUGCGUGCCCGGUACACAUGUAGACUUCGUUUUGACCGGAUACUAUAUAGGACAGCUAAUGAUGGUAGUCAGGUGAUCCCUCAAUCCCUCGACCUUGUUGGCCUUGAAAAACUAGACUGUGGCAGGUAUCCGAGUGAUCACUGGGGCCUGUUGUGCGACUUCCAAGUGAUAUUAUAAAAUUAAAAUUCAGUUGUGUAUAAUUUUAAAUAUUUAACUGAUUGUUUUAUUAAAGAAUUUUUACCUACAGAGCUUGUUUUCUCUCUCCCUCUCUCCCCUUGUUGAUGAUGAUUUUAUCUGUAAGCUUCCUAAUUAUUGUGAAUAGUUACUUGAUUUAUAUGGAAAUAUAGCUAUGUAUAGAAAUAUUAAAAUUUGUAUUAAGCAAUGUUUGCCUAUAGCCUAC